CGAAUUUUCUCUUCCCCAAGCUUCAGUCUCCACCGCCGCCGCCUUCAGUUGUCGCCGUCGCCGUCGCCGUACAGUGAGUUGAGAAAACCCUCGAGGACAUUGCCGACUGUUACCACUUCGCAGAGCGCCCGCCGACCACUUUGCCGCCAACUGCUGCAGGGACUUGGAAUUUAUCUGUUGAUUGAUCAAAAAUUUAUCUUGCAACUCAUGGCGACGAGGCUUAUGUUUGAGAACUCAUGUGAAAUUGGGGUUUUCUCCAAACUCACUAAUGCUUACUGUUUGGUUGCAAUUGGUGGCUCUGAGAACUUCUACAGUGCCUUCGAAUCUGAAUUGGGUGGUGUCAUUCCGGUUGUUAAAGCAUCCAUUGAUGGCACUCGCAUUAUUGGCCGCUUAUGUGCUGGAAACAAAAAUGGGCUUCUUGUACCCCACACCACUACUGAUCAAGAACUUCAGCACUUGAGGAACAGUCUACCCGACCAAGUUGUUGUUCAACGCAUACAAGAGAGACUAUCUGCUUUAGGGAAUACCAUUGCUUGUAAUGAUCAUGUUGCUCUCGCACAUACUGAUCUUGACCGGGAAACUGAAGAACUCAUUGCUGAUGUUCUCGGAGUAGAGGUCUUUAGGCAGACGGUGGCGGGUAACGUUCUUGUGGGAAGCUACUGCAGCUUCACAAAUAGGGGUGGCUUGGUUCAUCCCCAUACGUCUAUUGAAGAUUUGGACGAAUUAUCAACCCUUCUUCAGGUCCCUUUAGUAGCCGGAACUGUCAAUCGUGGAAGUGAAGUGAUUGCUGCUGGCUUAACAGCAAAUGACUGGAUUGCAUUUUGUGGUUCAGACACUACUGCAACCGAGUUAUCGGUGAUCGAGAGCGUUUUCAAAUUGAGGGAGGCUCAACCGAGUUCGAUUGUUGACGAGAUGAGGAAGUCACUAAUUGACAGUUACGUUUGAAGUUAUAUAUUUUCUGUUACAGCUGUGAACUGCUUUGUUGUUACUUUUGCCUUUUCCUUUCAUCAUAUUUAACAACUUUGUAUGAAUGAAAUUGGGGUUUGUACUUGAAGCUUAUUUGGUUGAAAAUAUAUUUAACAAUUAAGCUUGAGCAGUCCUAGAAAUGUAUGUGCUAGUUUCUUAUAAUGCGACCAUAAUUUUCAUGUACAUGGAAACAUUUAUUUGGUAA